GCGCCUAUAAUCUGCUGUCGAUUGUGAAUGGUGUUAGCAGUUUAGCUAUCUUAUUGUGGCUGUCUUGUGCACUACAAAAUAUGAACUAUAAAUAUGAUAAACUGUCGAAUGCUUGGGAUGGAUUAAUGAAUUGAUGUAUUCAUUUUUACACUUUCUGCUCCGUGCCACCAGAAACAACCGAGCAUAGCUUAACUUCGCUAGCUAGCUAUUCUGCAAGCUGUCAAUUAGCCAGUCUGCUCUGCUUUGCAUCACUUUCUUGCUAGGUAACUAGCUAGCCUAGCUUGUAAGCUAACACUAUAUACUAACGAGGACAACAAAGAAAAGGUCGCAAAUAGUUAGAUAUUUGUGAAUACACACUGUCGAAAGGCUGCAUUAUGAAGUGUAUAGCUUUAAUAGUAAGCUACCAGUGGCUUAUGCCAGUUAUGAAAUGUGAGUUGUAUUGACUGAACUGUAUUGUAACGUUAGCUAACUGAACUAUAACAAGCUUGCCAGCUACGUGGCUAUUUGUUAAGUAGUGAGAAACAAUUCAUAGAAUAUAUUCUGAUAUAUUGUCAUCGAAUAAUCAAACAUGGAUAAGAAAUCAUUCGACAUAGUCUUAGACGAAAUCAGGAAGUGCGUGCUGACAGAUCAGCGGAUCAAGGCGAUAGAACAGGUGCACGGCUACUUCUCCAGCGAGCAGGUAACGGACAUGUUGAAGUACUUCUCCUGGGCUGAGCCACAGAUCAAAGCUGUCAAAGCGCUGCAACAUAAAAUGGUUGCCAUCCCCACAACCAAAGUGGCGAACAUCCUUAACUGUUUUACCUUCUCAAAGGACAGACUUGUUGUUCUGGAACUCAUAGCCCUGAAUAUCUCUGACGCUCAGAACUACCGUCCUGUUGAGGACCUGUUUCGCAUCCACAUGUCUGAGAGGAAGCGGGCUCGAAGGAUCCUGGAGCAGGUGUGUAAGGUAGGCUGCAAGGCACCGGUAGCCAUGAUCUCGUCCUGCGGGAUGAUUCCAGGGAACCCAUACCCCAAAGGCAAGCCCAGCCUGACCACCGGAACCUUCCCUGGAACUCCUGCUCGGAAGGAGGGAGAGGAGGCUCCACCCAACCCUGAGGGGAAAGGCAUAGCUGCUCGCAUCAUAGGACCAUUCAAACCGUCUCCAUCAUCCUACAACCCUCAACGACCAGUACCGUACCCCAUCCCACCAUGCAGACCUCACGCAACCAUUGCUCCAAGCAGGUACAACAACGCAGGGCUGGUAUCAGUGGGCGGGGUCAUAACGGCCAGCGUGCCCCCCCCACCCUACAGCGCCAGCACCAAGCCCACAGGCUACGCCAGACCCGCCAAUCAACAACAGCACCCCGUCCAAGGGGUCAACUCCACAGCCCUCCCCUCUCCGCUAAGCUCCACCCCUGUCCCUCCCCAGCCCUCUCCCUCUCAGCCCCCUCCUGCCACCCCCAUCAGCCCUGUCUUCCCUGGCAAGGUCCCUUCCCAGAACCCAGGAGCCCCCUCUCCCUCCCCUGCCCCCUCUCCCUCUGUCAUCAAGGGAGGCCCCAUCUUGUCAGGCUCCCCCCACCAGCCCCCCACCACACCCUCUGUCAUUAAGGCCCAGACCCCCUCAAAUACCCCCUGUGGCACCCCCGGGCCCCACCCUGCCCCCAGGACCCCUCUCCCUGACACCCUCCCUCAAGGCACCCUCAUGGGUCUCCCUCACCACACCUCCCAAACAGGAUCGGCCUUCCCGGGCCUGUCCCCACACCAGACUGCCCCAUCUGCGUCGGUGAUCCGCAGCUUCACCCCGUCCGGCUCGGCCCCCAGCCCCAAGCCCUCCCCAGCCCUGUCGGGCCAGUCUCAGGCGUCCUUGUACAGCGAGCAGCAUCGUGGCCCACUGGCCAGGCAUGGUGGAGCAGGAGGGGGGACAGGCAGUGGCAGUAACAGCCCAGUCCCCUCCGCCUUUAAAGGCCCUUCCCGUGCAGGGACCCCCUCCCUCAGCUCCCUGGUGAUGCCCGGUGGGUCUGCGGCCCUUGCCCGCUCCCUGGGUUUGGCCCACCCCUCAGGAUCCCCCCAGGCCCUCUCCUCCAGUCCUGCUCCGCCCCACUACCCAGGCCUCUCCCCCUUCUCCUCAUCCUCCCCCUUCCCUCCGUCCUCCAUGACCAUGUCCAUCCCGUCGUCCCUGUCAUCCAUGACCCCCGCCUCCCACCCCCAGACCUCCAUGGCCUACCCAGGGCUGACCCACAAUGUAGCCCCAAGCGGGGCCUCUCCCUUCGGGUUGGGUUUGACCACCGGCCCCUCAAUCUUCACCGGACUGGCUCCAGGGCCCAGCCCGGGAGGUUUUCCAGGGUUUGGCGGUUCGGGCGGUCCGGGCAGCCCGGUCCUGUCGUCCUUCAUGGGUCUCCCCCCGGGGGCCGGGGCAUCAGUGGCGUCCGUUGCCCCCCUCCAGGCAGCGGCAGGAGUCCCUUCGUCUUCUGCAGUUUUACCGGGCUUUGCUUCAGCUUUCAGUUCCAACUUCCAGCCUGGGUUGUCUAGUGGCCUCCAGCCUCCGGGGGGCUCUGCAUUCCCUGGGUUGCUGUCUUUCCCUGGGAUGCCCGGUUUCUCGCCGUCUCCCUCUCAACUACACAACCCUGCCAUGCAGUCUGCUCUGCUUCAGGCCCAAUCUGCUUUGGAGGGUUUUUCUCCGCAGCCCAACGGGUUCAGCUCGUAUGGCGCCGGACCUGGUCAGCCAUUCUCUCUUCAGCCAGGCCUGCACCCCUCCCAACUGGGCUGGCAGUGACACACACACACACACACACACAGGCCUGCACCCCUCCCAACUGGGCUGGCAGUGACACACACACACACACACACACACACAGGCCUGCACCCCUCCCAACUGGGCUGGAAGUGGCACACACACACACACACACACACACACACAGGCCUGCACCCCUCCCAACUGGGCUGGAAGUGGCAAACACACACACACAAACACACACACACACACACACACAAUUCCCAUAACAGAGAUGCGCACACAAACAAACCCGCUCCAACACUCACAUACACUCAUCUCACUCAAAUUUGAUCUUACACACACAUUUGUUCUGACACUGAAACGCAACUUGGGGUCAGCUCAUAGGACCGCCCAGUGCAACUGUUCACAGAACUACGUGGUCCAGGGAAUGACGUUCCUCUCUGUUUGAUCAUUCAGUCCUCCUGUCUAUGAAUUCUCAGAGGACCUGGAAGGAGACUUGUAUUCAAAGACAAACCUUCCCACAGAACGACCCGGACGUGAUUUGACCUGGUAUGUUGAAAGCUGCGGUUGUCACGGUAGCCCGUUGUCAACAAUAGGGGUUGUGACUGAGUCUGGGUUCCUCGCAGAGAGAGAAGCUUUGCUUCUGUCAGGACCAUGUCACCUGAUGACCCAUCACUAUGAGCAGAGGGUCAAAGGUUGACCUGAUGAUAACUGGUGUUGCUAUUCAACGACCCCCUGUUCUCCUCUGUGGAACACUACUUUUCCCAAGAACCCGGUGGCCUGGGGUCAAAGUAGCUCACUACUUAGGGAUUAGGGUUCUGUUUGGGAUGCAUUCUGGGUAUUGUAGUUAAAAAUGGGUCUUUGUACCUGGACUGUACUGUAUUAUCACGCUGUUGGAUCAGUUUCUCUUCAUGUAGUGAAAAUGUUGUGUUUUUCCAUGAUGAGGAUACAAGGUUAUAUACCUUCUAUACUCUCCCUGGCCACUUUAUUAGGUACAGAGCGUGGUCGUCUUUUGCGUUGCGGUUCAACAUGUUGUGCGUUCAGACAGGCCCUUCUUCACAACACUCUUGUGAAGAGAUCUGUGUAUGUGUGGCCUUUCUGUCAGCCUGAACAUGUCUGGCCACUCCUCUGACCUCUCCCAUUAGCCGGGUGUUCUGUUUAUCGCUGUGAAUUCUGUGAGGAUCCCAGGAGGUCACCUGUUUCUGAGAUGCUGGAACCACCACAUCUGGUACCAACAAAUACACCACGGUCAGACUCUCUUAGGUCACAUGUCUUCCCCAUUAUGAUGUUUGGUUACACAACAGCUAAACCUUGUGACUGUGUCUGCAUGCUUUAUAUAUUGGAUCACUAUUUGGUUAUUUGUGUUAACGACCUGGUUUACCUAAUAAGGUGUGUGCGUGCGUACGUGCGCGUGUGUGUGCGCGUGCAUUUGUGUGUGUGCGUGUGCAUGUGUGUAAGUAUAUAUACACAGCUGAAAAAAUGAAGGGGAACAGUUAAAUCACACAUCGGGUCUUGAUGAACACAAUAUAUUAAAGAUCAAAAUGUUCACUGUAC